AUGGCCCCGGGCUGCACGCUGGUGCUGGUGCUGAUGCUGCUGACCGCGGCGCUGAGCAGGACAGGGGCAGCUCCCGCGCCCUCUGCCCCCAGGGCCGUCCCUCCUGCCAGGGGCUGCCACGUGGCCGAGUUCAAGUCUCUGUCCCCGCAAGAGCUGCAGGCCUUCAAGACGGCCAAGGAUGCCUUUGAGGACUCGCUCCUGCAGAAGGACUGGAACUGCAGCGCCCGCCUGUUCCCCAGGACCCGGGACCUGAAGCACCUGCAGGUGUGGGAGCGCCCUGUGGCUCUGAAGGCAGAGCUGGCCCUGACACUGACGGUCCUGGAGGCCAUGGCUAACUCAUCCCUGGACCACAGCCUGGAGCGGCCCCUUCUCACGCUGCGGCACAUCCACUCCAAGCUCCAGGCCUGUGUCCCAGCUCAGCCCACAGCAAGCCCCAGGCCCCGGGGCCGCCUCCACCACUGGCUGCACCGGCUCCAGGAGGCCCAGAAGAAGUCCCAGGACUGCCUCGAAGCCUCUGUGAUGCUCAACCUCUUCCGCCUCCUCACCCAGGACCUGAAAUGUGUUGCCAUUGGAGACCAGUGUGUCUGA